AUGGCAGGAAGCAUUACAGAGAUAAGCAUGGAUUACGAUGCAUACGCAGAAUAUGAUUCCUGCUCUACGUGGGAAUUCAAAGGUAAGUGGCAGCAUCCCAAUGGAAUCGAAAGUACGUUUGAGCUUUCGAAAGGUUUCGGUUCUUCUAAGACUAGCAGUGAUGAGAGUAGUAUCUUGAUAGCAGCAGGGGACAGCAAUGUUCUACUGCUCUCAGAAAUCAAGUCUUUGACCAUCCAUCAGACAGAGUUAGGAACGACUUCCACGUGGGAACGAAGAUUGUUCGCGGGUUUGAUACCUUUUGAUUAUCUUUCGGCCUCUGAGCAGAUGGAAGUUUACGAAGACCACGACAUGGUUGAAUUAGCCCUUUUCGCCAAUUUAGAAGCGCGAACUGUCGCGGAUCAAUCUUUAGGUUCUGGGGGUAUGUACAGCCAGACUGAACUCCCAGAAACGACAUUUUUAAGAGGCCAGAAAAACCUUAUAACACGUCUGCGACAGAAGAUGGGGAGCGAAAGGGUUGAAGCUGGCGAGUGCUGGUUAAAACGGCCGAUUGAGAUUAGAUGGGUCACUGAAGUCAGAGAGAGAGGAGCCCGACAUGACCAGUUCUCUUGGAAAAAUCGUGACGUCUUCCUCCGAGGACCAAGAAAUCGUCGCAGAUGCGAUUGAAGAGAUCCAAAACGUCAUGAAUUUGCACUCUCUGUCUCCAUUGGAGACCGGUAUUGACCAAGACUUGAAAAAUCUCUUUCCGGCUCCAAUCAUGGCACCUAGUUCUGGGACUCGCUUGGGUGGGCUUCUUAGUAGAUUCCGAGAUCGGCUCUUCUAG